GAAAAAAAUGAACGUUUUGCAAAAGUAAAUUGCAAGCAUUGAAGGCCAAUGUCAGAGGAGACCAAAUUUCAUUGGGUUGUGCCCGUUACACCAACAAAGACAUGAACCACUUCAAUCCUACCUGGAAGUCCCGGGCCAUCUGCUCUAUAUCUCUCAGCUCUUUUCGGCAAACAAAAUUCAAAGAAAUCCACUCCAAAGUAAACUCCCGCGGUUGUCAUCAUUUCCUCCCCGUAGAUCCACUCCUCCCUAAUUACAUAACCCUGGAUCAGCCCUACGCGAUAGAUCUCGCAACAACAAAAUACUUUAACCAAAACUAAAAACGAUGUCGUGCUUGGCUCUCUCUCUCCAACCAGCCAACGGAUCCGACGUCCUUCUUCAAACCCGAGAAUGGUUCCCUCCAGCCCGUGCCCUAAUUGCCCUCCACGCCUUCCGCCAAACCCGUCUUUCCUUCUCCAACAAAAUCCCUGCCUCCGCCGCCGCUGCAUCGUCCGAAUCUAAUGCCGCCACUGAAUCUGUCGGCGACGACCCCCUUGCUGCCUCCAGCGGCCAACUAAUCGUCGGCGUUGAAAGUAAGUAUCGCGUCGUUUACCGUCUUGUCAACUCCAUUUACGUUCUUGGAAUCACUACGGCGGAUCAGGAGAAUUCGAUCAACGUCUUCGAGUGCAUCCACAUCGUGAACCAAGCUGUCAUUGUCAUCGUAACUGCCUGCCGUGGCGUCGACGUCACCUCUGAAAAACUCGCCCGAAAAUACGCCGAGGUUUACAUGGCACUCGACAUCGUCCUACGUGGUGUCAGCAGCAUUCGUCUCGCCGCCAUGCUCUCCUUUAUGCACGGCGACGGGAUUGCCAAGAUGGUUCAUUCCGCACUCGACACUGAAGCCAAGAUCCGUGGUGCUGAUACGUGGCCUAUCGUCGAAGCUCAUUCCGUCGAACACCAAGCCAAUAUUGAAGCCUUUUCGAAUGCGAGUUUCGAAUUGCCACCUGAAACUCUAGCCGCGGGCGAUAAGAUAGCUUCAACACUUGCACCUCAGAGUACAAUUGAGCAAGACGAGAAAGUGAUAAAAGCAGAGGAACCAGAAGCAGAAAAGGAUCCGUUCGCAGCGAGUGAAGCCAUAAAUAAGCAAGAAGAGUUAGUUGGAGGGUUUAAGAAGACAAAGGAUCCGUUAGCUACUGAUUUAACGGUGGCAUUGGCGGGGUUAGAAGUGACUACAUUGCCUCCAGCUGAAGCAACCCAAUCUACUGAUAUUACUGUUGAAGGGUUUGAGGGGAAGUAUGGAGGGAUUGAGUUUGGCAAUGAACAGGCUACUCUUGGAGAAGCUUUUGAAGGGUUUAGUGAUGCUUGGGGUGGAGGAUUGGAUGCUUCCGAGUUUUUGGAAAAUAAAAAGGUUAAGAAACAGGAAGGACUUAGUGGGCUUGAACUUUUGCAAACUAGGGAUGAUGUUGCUCCUCCAACUGCAGCCGCUGCUGGUGCUGAUGGAGGGAAGUCUCUUGAGAAUCUUUUGGUGAAGAAGACUGAGAUGAAAGGUCCCGAAAUGUAUAUUUCAGAGGAGAUCAGUGCAGAGUUUACGGAAUCGUUGCUCGCGCGAGUUGGAUUAAUGGGUGUGGUUUACUUGAGAACGAUGCCUCCUAAAAGUUCUGGUGAUAAGGAUACUGAGUUUUCCUUUCGUGUUGAAGGUACAAGUUCGGUUAAGAGGUUUGUUAUACAGAGUUCUCAGGUUAGUAGCCUAGGUAAUGGAAUGUUUCAUGUGAGAACUGCCCCAUCUGAGGGGCCUAUACCAAUUUUGAAGUAUAGUUUGUUACCUAGGUUGACACCAUUGCCCUUAAGAGUUAGGUUGAUUAAGCGUCUUAGUGGGACUUUACUUUCUGUGAUGAUACAGUAUGUUUCAAAUCCAGAGUUACUAGUACCAUUAAGUGAUGUAACGAUUGUUCUGAAAUUGCCAGUUGAUCCAACAUUGUUAAAGGUUUCACCUAAAGCUGUGUUAAACAGAUCAGAGAGAGAAUUGAAGUGGCAUGUUCCAGAGAUUCCACUAAAGGGUACUCCUGGCAAGUUGAGAGCAAGGAUGCCCGUUGAUUCUGGUGAGGAUGAUGAAGAACUAGAAGUUGUUGGUUAUGUGAAAUUUUCAGUGCAAGGAGCUACUUCAUUGUCCGGGUUCUGUUUACGGCCUGCUUCUGAGGUUCUUUGGUCUGGAUUCUGAAUCUUGAAGAAACAAACUCAAAUCCUUUAAAUAACCUAAAGUUUGACCUUUGAAUGAAUAGCAAGAGGAAGAUGAAUGAGGAUCCUUGGAUGAACAUCCAAAGGUAGUUCUAUUCAGAAUGUCUUUUCUUUUAUUUAUUUCUGUCUAGCCAUAUGCAGCAAAAGACUUGCUAUUUUUAUGAUUACUAGUAAACCUAACACGUGUAUAUUCUCUGUUAUUUUCAACCCUGUUGUUUGAAUCCUGCUUAUGAUAUCUGAACUUGGUGAUUGGCUGACAAACUAUUCUAUGAAGUGGUGGCUAUCUGUGAGCAUUAGAAGCGAAGCAAUCAAUGUUUAGUGCCAAGCCAGUAGCAUUUGGGAAUUAAUCUGAUGUUGUUACCUCCUCCCUUGUUCUUCCUCUCCUGUUUCUGCCAACCUCUUAUAGUUUGUGAAGUUUGUCAUGAGGAGUUCAGAGCUGGCAAUUGGCAACUAUAAGGUGAUUAUUUUACUUACUGGAAUGAAUUUAAUUGAUUGAAAUUACAAUGUUCCCCUGUUAACCUUGAGAAAGAUGUGUGUGGUGUUUUAUAUGAAGUUCAUUUCCUUUGUUCAUCGGUUAAUAGUAUAGGGAGACAAGAGAAGGUUGAGGUGUUUUUAGCAGGUUGCCAAAUAGCACACUUUUAGUUCUACUGGCAUGCUGCAUUCUUAUAGACAAUUACCUUGGCAUACUGAGUUCAGAUCGACAGCCAUGGUUGUUAGGCUAAUAUCUCAAGUGCUGGAACCAUUUCUUUAUGCUUUCUUACCUUGAUUGCAAGUGCAUAUCUUACGCUGCGAAGUACUCUCAGUCUUUUGCAUGUGAUCAUCUAUUCUAUCUGGCUACUUGUGCCACCUGUGCCGGUGGCUAGUGGUUUUGGGUGUAAAAGAUUGAUUAGAAAAUCAAGAUCAAAGAGGCAUCAUUCUGAGUCAUUUAGCUUCACAGUAAAUAAAUACAUACAUGCACAUGUGCAUACAGAAGACAGCGAGGGCAGCAACUUCAUUUAUCUUUCCUGUAUGUAAUAUAUAUGCAAAUAUGUAUAUAUGUGUAUGUGCAUGUUUGUGCAUGCUGCUGUGCUUGUUGCAGAGACUCUGUGCAUCUUUGAAUGUGAAUGGCUGCCCGUAUGUGUAUCUUUGCUGCCAUGGAAAGCCCUUCUUUUGAACAGCUUAUACUUGUAAGACUUGAGAGCAUAAAUCCUUGGUCUCCAUCGAACCAUUUAAAAGCCACAACCUUUUGCACAUAACAAAGGAGUAACAAUCACCCUUUCUUCUUCCUCUUCUCGAUCUUGGUUGA